UGUUUCGGAAUUGUGGGGGUGUUUUAUAUAGCGCAGGAGCGGUAAAUACAACACUGGCUCUUUCCAGUUGGACAAAAAGUCACAAAUGUCAUUUAUGAAUGAAAACAUUUACGUUAUCCUUGCAAAACCACCCCCCGGUCUACACCCCCCAAAAUAAGGGAGAACAUAAAUACCCGCAACUAAAACAACAAUAUUGGAAAGUUACACUCACGCAUUUUUUGUCGUUUCUUUUUUUUGGGGAAUUUUUCUCUGAAACAAUAGUUGGUUGGUGGUUAUUCCAGUUUCAAAUUUACCAAGCAGAAGAAGAAGAAGCAGCAGCAGAACACUACUCAGACAGAAAACCAGGCAAUUUUCAUCAACAACGACGACAACGUCGUCCAAAUCGAUACGUAAGAAUCGCAAGUGAACGAAAAAAAAAAACGGAACGGUGAAAAUUUUUUUUCGGUAUUAAAAAAUACUUGGUUUUUGUGCUAAUUUUCAAAACGGGUAAAUCGUGUUCUUCAUGUGAAGAACAAUCAAUCAAUGGCCAAAAAGGAAACUGCCAGCAAGAAAAGUAUAAAAACGACCAUGUGUCCGUGCUUGUGUUGAAUAAUAAUAAAUAAAAAAGCCAAGAAUCUGAAAAAAUAAUACGCUAAAUGCUUAACGCUUAAACGCACCAAUACUCACACACAUACACACAUAUAACCUGUCAUCCAAAACAAAACAGAACAACAAAAAAUAAAAAAAAAACUGGAGGACUAACAGAAAAUCGAACGGACAUACUAUGUGCUCCCAUUAAGACUAUUUCACGAACUCUCUCACACACACACGCAAACAAACACAGAAACACUCAUACACAUAUGUAUACCUGCUAUACUCAUUCACGACAUACGUAAAAGAGCUAAAAAUAAGGAACAACAAAAAGAAACAACAACAGCAAAAAUCGAAGAAAAACUAAUCAAAUAUCGAAAGAUAUUUUUUAAAAUUGCCAUUUCAAUUCAUUACAAAAAUUGGACGCUAUUUGUAUUUGUUAGGAUAAGAGAAUACUAGAAACACUAAUAAUAAAAUGCAGCCCCCACCGCGUAAGGGUAACUAUGUGAAAUUCCUAAAGAAUUUACAUACGGAACAAGUGGCCAAGUUGCAGCUGAAGAAUCAACAUGAGUGCGAUUUGCUCGAGGAUAUACGACAGUUCACCAUUAAGCGUUCGGCCGUGGAAAAGUCGUACAGUGAGGCAUUGCUCAAGAUAUCCUCACAGUAUUUGAACAAAAAGAUACCCAAUAUACCGGAUAUCAAAAUGGAGGGCAUGGAAGAAAGAUGGAACAUGUGGAGCGUUUGGCGUACGGUAUUGGAAGAAAAUGAGAAACUGGCACGGGCUCGCCUCGCCGCCAUAGAAGUUUUCCAACAGCAGAUUGCCGAUGAAGCCAAAGUUCUGCGAGACUAUAAAUUGGGUAUUGCCAAGAAGUCCUUGUCGUACAUUGUGAACGUCCAAAAGGAGCUGCACUUGAGUGUUGGCGACUUGGACAAGGCCAAGAAACAGUACUUCGAUGAAGAACACUGUGCCCACGAUGUGCGUGACAAGGCACGCGACAUUGAGGAGAAAUUGAAAAAGAAGAAGGGUUCAUUUUUCCAAUCGAUAACAUCGCUGCAAAAGAACAGUGCUCGGGUGACAUCGCGCAAGGAAUUGCUGGAGGAGAAGUCGACGGGGGCUCGCAACGAUUACAUUCUCAGUUUGGCCGCUGCCAAUGCCCAUCAGAAUCGCUAUUUCACCGUUGAUUUGCAGACGACAAUGACGACCAUGGAAAAUUAUGUGUUUGAACGUGUGGCGGAGUAUUUGACGCUUAUGGGUCGAACCGAAUUGCUGACCUGUUCGGCAACACAAAACUCUUUUGGCAAGAUACGGGAUCAAGCCCAACAGCUGACCAGGGAGUAUAAUUUACAGUGUUGUUAUCUCUUCUAUCCGGUAUUGAAGCAGCAUAUUCAAUAUGAUUUUGAGCCAUGCGACAAUGAUCCGAUCCGCAAGGUAACAACCGAACAUGAAUCGGCCGUGGAAACGCUAACCAAAGAGGCUAAAAAUCUGGCUGGUCGUGUGGUCAAGGAGAAUCUAUCGAUACGUGAAAAUGCUAAAAAAUUGGCAGUGUGUGUUGCUCUACGUGAUUCAGGUCAGCGAAGCGAUCCAAAUGACCCCAAUGGUCCUGAUUUGGAUACCAAGAUUGAAGAGUUCCGUGAUCAAAUACGCCGUUCGGAAACGGAGAAAGCCAAGGCGGAGGCAUGUUUGCAAAGUUUGCGUGAGGGUGGUAUUAAUGUCGAUGAAUGGGUCCAAGAGGCGGAGAUAAUGGGUGCUCAGGAGUUGACCCGAUCGGCAAGUUCCAUUUCAAUGCGUACCGAUGCUUCGGGUCAAGGGGAAAAUCCCAGUUCAGAUUCAUUCUAUGACAGCGACAAGGAAGAGGCUGCUGGAGGUGCAACUGCUGCCGCUGCAACGGCUGCCAAGGAAGAACCACAGCUUACAAGGGACCGUACGUUUAGCGAUAGUGAUGAAGAAACCGAAGAACAUAUACCCGAACCAACAACUACAAUGCCGGCUAUGAGUGCCAACACUGGUUGGGAGGAUCCAACUGAAGUUAAUUGGGGUGGUGAUGACGAAGAAGAAGAACCCGAAGAACCCAUUGUUCCUGAACCCAAAGAGGCCAUAUUCAAGUGUACUGCUCUAUAUAGUUACACUGCCCAAAAUCCCGAUGAACUGACCAUUGUUGAAAACGAACAAUUGGAAGUGAUUGGCGAAGGUGAUGGCGACGGUUGGUUGAGAGCCCGUAAUUAUCGCGGCGAAGAGGGUUAUGUGCCACACAACUAUUUGGACAUUGAACAGGAGGCAGCCGCAAAUGGUAGUGGUGCCGCCAAUCAAUUGCGUUCCCAGAUAUCUUUCUCAUCUGUGGAUUACACCGUCGACAACGAGGAUCAGACCGUGGACUCAAUGCAAUCACCCGACCAGGUGUCUGUCAUAAUGGCACCGCAGAAAAAGAAAUCCGAUGUUAUGUAUUGUAUUGCCUUGUAUGAUUAUGAUGCCACGGCUGAGGAUGAGCUGACCUUUGAGGAGGGACAAAUUAUAAAGAUUGUGACUAAAACGGCUCAUGGGGUCGACGAUGGUUGGUGGGAGGGAGAAUUGGAUGGCAAAUUUGGUAAUUUCCCCUCGUUGGUUGUGGAAGAGUGCGAUGAGAAUGGUGAACCGUUGACAGAGGGUGGAGAGGAUUCGCCACCACCAACAGCACCGCCUAGCUUUGCUCUCCCACCCGCACCAGCACUACCGCCAGAGUAUGCUCAUGAAUUGACCGAGGAUAUGUUUGGUUCGCAGGACACGGCAGAUGACGACAGUGGCUACAUACCAAAUGGUGCUGCACCCAGUAUGCCUCCUCCAGCACCGAAAACAAGCACUGCCAAAAAGGUGCUCAUACAAGAGCAGGACGAUGAGGACGAUAUCGAGGAAGAUGGUAAUCCACCACCAUCACAACCGCCACCUUCAUUUACUGCACCCACAUUGGGCGCCAAGGUCACCAAGGACAAGGGCAAUACAUUGAAUUUAGGUAUGGCACAAAUUAUUGUAACCGCUGCAACCCCUAUGGUUGAAGACGGAUCCGAUAAAUCUUUCCCUCCAGUAGAAGACAAAGGUGAUGCCGAUGAUGAUGAUGAUGCUGAGCAGAAUACAACUAAGCCUAAGGGUGGUGCCGGUGAUGGUGGCGGCGGUAUGGAUGAUGAUGAUGACAACGAUGCCAGCAAAAAGAAACAGGCCACCAAACAAACGGACAUACCGCAAAUAAUUGAAGGUAAUGAAGCCCUCGAGGCUGUUAGCGUAACAAUAACACUAACCUCGCCUACACCCAAUCCAGAGGAUUUACCCUCAUCCGAUCAGGAGCAUGACUCAUCCGAGGUCCAGCCGCUGGAAGAGGCCGAAGACCCGUUCAAUGAGAAAGCCAAUGCAGCGGCUAGCAGUGAUGCAGCCGCCACAGGAUUUGAAGCGAAUUUUGAGGCAAAUUUCGAUGCUAAUUUCGAUGAUGCUUUUGCCAAUGCCGGAGGCGGUGGUGGUGGCGGUCCCCAGAGUGUGGAUGAGUCAAGACAUGGCGAGACAGAUGUUGAUGCACCCAAACAGGUGGUGGGCGGUCGGGCGAGUAUACCCGAAGAGCUAGAUUCGAAUCAAUUGGCAAGAUUGCAAAAUUUAAAAGAAUCUAAUGCUUAAGGUGUCGUGUAUACCAGCUACGGAGAGGACGAGGAGGAUGAGGAAGAAGAAGUGGAUAACAUUAGCAUUAAGUUAUAAUAUAAAUUAAAUAUAUAUCUAUUUAUAUAUAUAUGAAAAAAGAAAAGAAAACCAACACAUAGACAUUCCAAAAUGCCAUACACAUACACAUACAUACAAAUAAUAAGUAAAACCGUCACAAUAUAUAGCAGGUGUUUUUAGCAACUACUCUUUACCAUUCGAUUCCCGGUUCCUGGAUCAGGAAAGAAUGAGGUCUGAGAUAAAGAAGAGGGCUCUGAUAUAAAAGUGAACAUCCUAUAGACUCUCCAUAACACAGUCCUUUGAAAGUUCUUUUAAGGACAAAAUAAUUUUCUAAGGUCUUCUGGAGACAGAUGAUUUUUUAUACCUCUAUGAUACUUUCUAAACAUAUAGAGACUUACUCAACCUUUAUUUGAGACUUCUCAUAGAGGGUCUCAGAUUUUCAGACUCUCUUCCAUACGACUAAAAAGGAUAAAUAUGAUAUCCUAGAGAAAAAUGUAAGAGACUUACAAGUUUUGUUCUCAAAAAUCAUCGAAAAAAAUGUGGGUCUACGGAGAGUAUCUAUAGCAUAAAUUAGAGACCUGCUAUUCUCUGAUUAUAUUUUUGACAAAAUUGGAGACCUUGGAGACUCAGGAUGUUUCUAUAGAAAAAUCAAAGAGUUUUCUUGAAAACAUGUCCUUUGAAAAAAUAAUAAACUUUGAGUUCUCAGGCUAUUUCUAAAUCUUUAUCAGGCCUUCACAGAAGCCGUUCUGUGAAGGUAAAAAUGGCUUUAAAAGGCUUUUCUGAACCCAUUCAAUAAAUUUAAGCCAUUUUCAGAACAUUCUUGGCCGUAAGUCCUUUUGAUGGCCACAGGUCCUUGAUAAGCAUUCUACCUUCUGAGGUCUUCUUUAGAUAGAAGACCUUUAAAUGAAAUAACUUUUUGAGAUCUUCUACAGAAAGGCUGUUUUUAGACUCUUUACAUAAAUAGCAAGCUAUUUGGAACAUUCUGGGUCCUUCUUAGAGAAUGGGCACUCCUUGCACUUUUUUUUAGAUAGGAGACCUUUCUAAACGUCUUCUGAAAAUCGAAAGUCUUUCAAGGCCUUUUAUAGUGUCUUUUUGAGAAUAUUUGAACAGUGGGACAUAUCUGAGUUCUUCUUUGAAUAAAAAUCGAUUCUGAGGGUUUUUUUUAACCUUUCUGAGAACUUUUUGGCGAUAGAAGGCCUCAGAAAAAAAGAAUUGGCAAGAGGAGUUUCUGAGGCCCUUCGUAAAAUUCAGUCAUUUUCACACAUCUUUUAGCCUUCUGAUGGCAUAGCCCUUUUAGCCCUGCUGAGGCCUUCUACAAAUAAGAGCCUUUCUCAGAUUUUUCCUAAAAAGGUGACAGAGGCCUUCCAUGGACUUAAGCCAUUCAGAGAUAUUUCUUGGCCUCUGUAAGACUUAUUGUCAAGAGACGGACCUUAUAAAAUAUUUUUUGGGAGAAGGCUUUCCUUAGGCCAUGAUGUUAAGAGGCCUUUUUGAAGGUUUCUAGAGAUUAAAGGCAGAGAUAAAAGAUAUUUGGGCGCCAGAGAACCUUUUAGAAUAAAAAUGGGUCAGGAGAAAUUUUUUGCAGCCCUUCCAUAAAUUUAAGUCAUUCUAAGACCCUCUCACCCUUUUAGAGACUUGAAAAUAAAAAUGGAAGGUCUUUAUGAAGAUCUUCUAUCCAUGGAAUACUAUUUUGAGACCUUUUGGGGACUUGAGCCAUUCUGAGACCUCUCUGAGGCCAAGAGACGGACUUUAUAAAGUAUUUUAUGGAGACAAGGUUCUUCUGAGUUCCUCAAUAUCUAACAUGCCUUUCUUAGGCCAUAAGGUUAGUAGGCCUUUUUGAGGGUUUCUAGAGAUUAAAAGCAGAAAUAGAAGGUAUCUCUGAGAUUUUCUGCAGUCCUUCUAUAAAUUUAAAUCAUUCUCAGGCCUUUCUCAUUUAUUUUGAGACUUGAAAAUAGAAAUAGAAGACCUUUCUGAAGAUCUUCUGUCCAUGGAGGACUAUUCUGAGAUAUUUUGGCGACAUAAAGAGUCGGAGAAGAAAAUUGGCUUAGGAAGACUUUUCUGCAGCCCUUCUAUAAAUUUAAGACAUUCUAAGACCUUUCUCACCAUUUUUUGGGAGCUUUCGACCACAAAAGGACCCGGAGGACCUAAUUUUUAUAGAUUGAAGCCAUUUUCGUCUAUUCUUUGCCCUACUGAGGCUUAAUCUAGAUAAAAGCCCUUCCUAGACUUUUCCGAUUUUUUUACAAGUUUUGAUACAAUUUGUUGUUAGAGACCUUUUAGGGCUGGAGACCUUUCUUGUCAGCUCUUAUGGAGAGAAGGCUCUUCUAAGUUCCAUCUUAUUUAUUAUGCCAUUGAGAGAUGUUGCUGAGAACCUGUCUGAAGGCUACUAAUGACGAAAGGGCUUUAUUAGGUGGUUGGAUCGCCCUUAUUAGGGAUCGCCAAUAUGGAGAGAAGGACCUUCUGAGGUCCUCCAUAUUUAUUAUGCCAUUGAGAGAAUAUUCGGAGAACCUGCCUGAAGGCUACUAGUGACGGUAGGGCUUUAUAAAGUUAGAUCGCCCUUAUGGGGGUCUUUUAUUGUAUGAAAGCCGCCCGAGGUCCUGUAGUAGAUUUUUCCGAAACCUUUUCCGAUAAGAAAAAUUUGUUUAUAGAAGGAAGGAUAUUUGUGGGAUAUUUUAUCGAUAGAAAGCUUUUCUGAGGUCUUUGCCUUUAAGAUAUACCAUCAAGUUAGAAUUCCUUCCUUAUCGACACAAGAUGUUCCUAAGGGCCCCUAUACAUGAAUGAGCAUUCUGUAAACUUUUAUAGAUAGGAUAUAUUUUCGAGGUCUUGUAGAAAAGUUAUCUACCUGAGACCUUAUAGGGAGCCUUUCAGAAAUCUUUUAUAUAUAAAAUACAUUUUUAUGGCUUUGGAACACCUUUUUUGUGGGCUUUCUAUAAAAAGAAUCCUUUAGAAGGCUCCCUGUGGGAGCCAGACAGAUGGGGCCAUAUGAGGCUUUUGGCAGAACUAUUUGAGGCGUUCUAACAUUAUCGGGCUAUCGAAGGUGACUUUUAGAGAGAAAUUCUUACUUAUCUGUUCCUUUGUAAGAAGGCUUUGUAGAGGUUAGAGGGUCUACAAAUGGAAGAACUUUCUGAAACUUUUAAUGGGUUAAAAUAUCUGAGGCCAUUUAUAGAAAUGUGGUUAUCUAAGUCCCUUUUCAGAGGCCCUUCUUUGUAGCCACAAGAUGUUCCUAAGGACCCCCUAUACAUGAAUGAGCAUUCUAUAACCUUUUAUAGAUAAGAGACCUUUCCGAGGCCUCGCAUAGAAAAGGUAUCUACCUGAGGCCCCAUAGGAAGCCUUUCAGAAAUCUUUUAUACAUAAAAUACCUUUUUAUGGCUUUGGAACACCUUUUUUGUGGGCCUUCUAUAAAAAGAAUCCUUUAGAAGGCUCCCUGUGGGAGCCAGACAGAUGGGGCCAUAUGAGGCUUUUGGCAGAACUAUUUGAGGCGUUCUAACAUUAUCGGGCUAUCGAAGGUGAGUUUUAGAGAGAAAUUCUACUUAUCUGUUCCUUAGUAAGAAGGCUUUGUAGAGGUUAGAGGGUCUACAAAUGGAAGAACUUUCUGAAACUUUUAAUGGGUUAAAAUAUCUGAGGCCAUUUAUAGAAAUGUGGUUAUCUAAGUCCCUUUUCAGAGGCCUUUCGGAGAGAGCUUCUCCACGGAGAGAGUUUAUUUGAGGGAGGAGAGUCGGAGGUUUCCCAAGUCCCUCUAUUGAUGGAAGUCACCUCCUAAGUCUUCUUAAUUAAAAGAUAUUUCCAUGUCUUAUAUGAAACGAAGAUUUCUUUUAAGACUUUAAUAGAUGGAGGUAUAUAUAUAGAGUCUUUUAGAGGUCUUUCCAAGGAUUAAGCUUAAUUGAAGGUCUUCCUGAUUUUUUUCUUAACACCUCAAAUUUUCUGUCGAAAAGUUUUCAGUUCUCAACCAAAUCGAUUGAAAAAUAUGUCCAAGACUUCCGAAAUAACUGAAAUCAGGCUUAUUUUUAUGCCAAAGAAUAGAAAAUUAUUAAUUUAGACGAUUUUGUGUAGAAAUUUCUUCUUUUGACCAUUUCUGGCUAAAAUGACAUUUCAUGUUACCUUAACCCGAAAAAGGUCCUGGGGAACUUUUCUUAGGUAAAUUUGAUGCAAAUAUUUUCUUUUCAGUGAUGACCAAAAUACCAAAAAUACCACUUUGGUGCCUUGCCAGUGGAUUAAGAUUUUUCACCGAAAUAAUCCUGGUAUUGUUGUCAGCAAUAUUACCGAAGACACUAGGUAUGUAGAAAUUCAAAGAUUCCAAGGAAUAUUAAUCCGAAAAUUUCAAAAAUGUAAAAGAAGUAUUCUCUGGGGUUACGUUUAGGUAGAAAAUCCCUCCCAUAGAUUGCCAGCUUCUACGAAGUAUUUUCUAUUUAAAAAUGUUCAUUGUGAGGUCUUCUGAAGAGUUGGAGAUAUUUUCAAGGUCUUCCGUGCAUUGAGGAGCUCUUUGAUUUCAGGAAUAAUAUAUUCCGGAAAUUAAAGUUUCGGAUGAUUUUAUUUUAUCUCUGAAGUUAUUUUAGUCUUAGAAUUGAAAAGAAUAUUAGAAAGGGGAAAUUUCGAAAAGAGGUUAUAGUUUUGGUUAAGAAAAGUCUCAUGGACCUUGAAAAAAACUCUAAGACUUCUAUUUGUUGUAGAGUUACCGAAUGUUAAAAAAUGUCAAAAAAAUGUGAAAGAAGACGUCUUUGGGGUUACGUUUAAGUAGAAAAUCCUACAGAUUGUCAGCUUCUCCAAAAUAUUUUAUAUUUAUAAAAUUUCAUUGUGAGGUCUUCUGAAGAGUUGGAGAUAUAUUCAAGGUCUUUAGUGUAUUGAGGAGCUAUUUGAUUGCAGGAAUAAUAUCUCACGGAAAUUAAAGUCUCGGAGAAUUUUAUCUUAUCUCUGAAGUUAUUUUAGUCUUAGAAUUGAAAAGAAUAUUCGAAAGGGACAACUUCGAAAAGGAAUUAUAGUUUUGUCUAAACUAAGACUUUGAGAGAAAAACUCUAAGACUUCUACUUUUUGUAGAGUUACAGAAUGUUAAAAAAAACUUAAAAUCUGGGAAUUAUAUGUUCCUCUCCAAAGAUCCUAUUUAUGCAUUUUAUUUUUAGUCAGAGAAAAAUUUCUAAAAAUUACCCAUUUACUCACCCCAUACAACCCCCUCUCAAUAACAUUUUUCGUACUCCAUAUACCAAUAUAUUUAUACAAGGAAUAACAAAUAAAUGAAUUAUCUCAAAUACAAACAAAAUACUUUAUUAGGGAAUUCACAAAGCAAAAACAAAAAACAAA